CCAAGAUGGAAUGAUGAUGAUGAUGAUGAUGAUGAUGAUGAUGAUGAUGAUGAUGAUAUGCUGAUGGGAUGAACUGCUGCUCCUAUACCUUCUCCGCGUGGGCGUUGUUAAAAUCUCCUGAAGCGGGGAGGCGGUGGGAUUAUUAUUCACGCAGUAUAUUUCCCUCCCAUUGGUCCGCUGAUAGAAGCUGCUGUGAUGCUGCGGUGACACAGACAAGACUCCUGCGAUAAAAAGAAAGACGACGAGCCACACAGGAGAAACACAAGUGUCAGAGGGAGGACAGCGAGUUUCCAUUUGGUGGUAGAUGCAACUCUGCGAGUCUAACACGCCUGGAAGUAUCUGUCCAACUCCUGAGGGAUCUGGUGAAGAAUGGAGUGGUAUGUCCUGGUGCUGAUGCUGAGCUUGCCGCCCUCCAUCCACACAGAUUGUUCUUCACAGUGUCGGAAAUGCGCGCAGCAGAUCCUCAGCCCCGACGCCGCCUUCAGCAGCCUGUCGUGCAGAGCGGGCUGUGAGGGGCAGCUGGAGAGCUGCGGACACGCUCCGGAGCUGGCGGACUUCAGCCAGGAUGAAGCUGCGGAGGAGGAAGAGAGCCAGCAAGCCGACCUGGUCAAACGCUACGGCGGUUUCAUCAAGAGGAUCGACAAGAACAAGAACAAAAUCUUCACCUCUCCGUGGCGCGACAAUUAUAUUGUGAAGGCCGCCGCGUUGCCCAAGAAAUACGAGGACUUGUUGAAGAAGCUCGGGGAGAGAGAUGUCGACGCGCCGGAGGACACAAGCGAUGCUCCCGAGGAUCAGAUGCUCCGCAGUUAUGUUAAACGUUACGGCGGCUUUUUACGCAAAUUCGGCCCCAAGUCAAAGAGGAGUAGCUCCGUGGAGCAGGAGAGCCAGGAGCCCGAGGAGCUGCAGAAGCGUUACGGGGGCUUCAUGAGGAGGAUCCGACCAAAGUUGAACAACCUGAAGUGGGACAAGCGGUACGGAGGCUUUCUGCGCCGCCACUUCAAAAUCUCUGUGCGCUCAGUCGAGGAGCCCAGUUAUUCCUAUGAUGACUUGAGCCAAUAAAUGAACCCUGCAGAAAAAGAGAAACUAGAAUGAACUUGUGCAGGUUCACUUGAAAUGCCACCAUUUAUCCAGAAAAUGAUCAUAUGCCUGCCUAUCAUGCUUAUAGCCUCCUACUCGGUUGCCUUCUGUGUAACAACUCUUCAUUUUUGUGUUAUUAGCAUCAUCGUCUAUCGUUCAAUA